AUGUCUCACAAUGAAACAGAGUCUAACAACGCAUCGUCUACUCCAGGGGUCCGUCCAAGCCAGAUCCAAUUAGAGAGCCUUUCAUCACCACCCCACGUCCAGGAUACCUCCCAUGGAUAUCCCAUUCCUCAGGACUCUUUUGCUCGAAGACCUCGCCGGAUAUUCUCUCUCAUCAGCAGAUUUGAAGGCUUGCACAACCUAAACUUCCAGCGCAAGGGAAUCCCGCCCACUCAACAGGAGCCGUUGGAUAGAUGCAGCGGUUCUCCGAGAUUCCGGGGUGGAAUUUAUGGAAGCCAGAUAAAGAAGCUGGCCAGAAUUUUCGGUCCCGCAAAGGAAUCUUUGGAGAUUCAGGGGAAGAUAGUGUCUGGGAAAUCAUUGGUGCAGGAAAGAGAGGAGGUCUUCACUUCGCAUGAUGGUGCUGUAACGCAAGCUUCAGGGGAAAGGCUAUAUAUAUCUGGCGUCUUAUCUUCUAGCUCCAACAAUGACAAAACCCCAAAAGUCAUUGUGUCAGCGUCGAGAGAAUUCGCAGUAGGGAGUACCAGGAGGCAUACAUCAACCAAUGACAACGUUGAAUAUUACAAUGGAGAAAUCCCGUCCCCGAACGUCAUCAGGGCAAAACCUAUUUUUGGGGACAUAGCAAUUACAUCAACUUCUCUUCCUCGUUCAAAAUCUGGGUGCGACAAAGGUUACCCGCUUGGUUGUAAGAGAUACUCAGCAGAUCCUAUUAGCAGAUAUAUUUCGACUGUUCCUACUCACGGUGCCCUACCGAGGAUACAGAAUUUGACAUGUAAUGACGCUUGGAUUCAACAUUUCUUCACCCAAACGCCCAGACCAGGAGUCUCAACCAGAGCAACAGCUUCUGCAAACCUUGGUGAUGCAACUCAAAGAAGUGGGAGAGUUGCGAUACGUGCCAACGACACGCCCUUUCGACGAAGCUCGGGAUCUCGAAACAGGAUCCGAGCAGGCCCUGUUUGGGACCUUCGGGAUCGGCCACUUGCUACAAGGGGUCGGCAAAUUCAAAGGAGAUUUGGGGAUGUUGAGGAAUCCCAUCAAGUGAAAAUCAGUGAGCGCCGACUUGAGAAUAUCCUCGAGUCCUCCGAAAGCCGAGUUGCGGAGCCAUUACUAGAGUCGAAAAGGACAAAACUUGAUCUAAAUCAUGGCAACGUAAUGGCGGAAAAUAAUCAGGAAGGAGCCGUAGCCGCAGAUAAGCCAUCAAAAGUGGCAGAAACCAAGAAAAUGUUGGAGAACCGACGGAGGGUCCAGCCUCGAAGUUUGCGGCUGCCAACAAAUGAUUCACUGAUGAAUCCUAGCAGGAUAUCCGCUGCCCCCAGCAAAACCAUCAUCGAUGAUCAACUACUGCCUGUUCCACUAGCACCACCAGAUGCUCCACGAUUAAGUCGCCAGGAAAUAUCAUCUGUGCCUCCAAGGAAAAUAUUCUCGGAAAUCUCCGCGCCUCACGGCCAGCAAUCCAUGAAUAACUUUUAUAACAUACAAGGGGUGAGCGAAAGGCGACGGCAAGGAAAUAAUAUCCUUGGGUUGUCUUCUGGGAGAACAAGCGAAGCAUAUCGUGACAUUCCAGAGCGGCCAUUGCGCAAGAAAGACAAGCAAGCUGAUAGGAAUGGAAUGGAAGAUCGAUUAUCAAGGGACACAGUAGGCAAGCAUGGCAAUUGGGCCCCCAAGUUAUCAUUGGAUCAGAUGGUUGAAAUCGUAAACAGCACGCCUCAGCAUAACGACAACUUCGGUAGCCCUACACCGAGAGCUGAGAUGGGGGGAAUGAUUGUUAAAAAAGCACAAUGUGGGCUGACACAACCGAAGCCAAUGAGAAUGGUGGAAAGGAGAAGAAUAAUGCUAUUGUGUAGGGACAAGGCUUGGUGUCACGCAGAUAAAGAAAACAUGAAGGUUGGGCAGUUGAGAGAGCUAUAA